AUGUCAAACCCAUUUGAAGAAGAUGAAGGACCUUUUGUGGACCCUCAACAUCCUUCUUUACCGCAUGCUGCAUUCACAAGUGACCGGUCAUCACCUAGAAGAUACCAUAGAAUAGAAGAUGACGAUGAUGAAGCAAGUGAGGAACUUAUGAUGUUUCCAGAAUCAACCCAACAACUGCCAUACAGACAAUCCCCAAAUAUAUUCACCAGAAGUGUAGCAAGUGCAAAUAGAAACCAGAGAAAUGGUCUUGGGAAUGCACCAAAUCUUCAGUUUGGGGAAGGAACAACACCAAGAUCACAAUUCACAUCUAGAGAAUCACCAAAGCGUCAACGGAAGACUGAAGUAUUCAUUGACAGCGACGAUGACGAAGGACAUGCUGCAGAUCAACUUCUGGGAUCACCAAGACGUUCGCAAUUUGGGAAAUCGAUCAACAGUUCUGCUAGAAGCGAAAGAUUCUUAGAACCACCUCAGCCAAUUUUUUCUCCUGAAACAUUUGCAGAAGCAAACCCACAUGAGGAAGACCAGGAAACUAUUACAGAUGAUAAAUCGAGGAAUAGCUACGAUUAUGAUUCCUACCAAAAAGCACAUGAACUAGAGGAAAGGUCGUUGUACUCCGAUUCUACAGCAUACAGUGGCCCAUCGUAUACUUCAGGCGAAGCAGAAGAAAGUGAAUACUUUGGAGCAUCAAUUGAUGGAGAAAUGAUGCAUAAUAUUGAUAACGGUUAUGUCCCAACAGGAGAUAAGACCGUAACAAAGCGUAAAGUCAGGUUAGUUGGAGGAAGUACUGGUAAUUUAGUGCUUGAAAACCCAAUCCCUAACGAAUUAAAGAAAGUAUUGACCAGAACUGAAUCACCUUUUGGUGAAUUUACAAACAUGACAUAUACAGCAUGUACUUCUGAACCUGAUGAGUUCGUCGAAGAUGGAUUUACCAUUAGAGCUGCAAAAUAUGGAAGAGAAACGGAAAUUGUGAUUUGUAUUACAAUGUAUAAUGAAGACGAAUUCUCUUUUUCUAGAACCAUGCAUGGUGUUAUGAAAAAUGUUGCUCACUUAUGUUCUAGACAUAAAUCAUCAGUAUGGGGUAAGGAUGGCUGGAAAAAGAUUCAAGUUAUAAUUGUAGCGGAUGGAAGAAAUAAGGUUAAUAGUUCCGUUUUGCAAUUAUUAACAGCCACUGGGUGUUAUCAAGAAAAUUUGGCAAGACCGUAUGUGAAUAAUAAAAAGGUUAAUGCUCAUUUAUUUGAAUACACAACUCAAAUAUCGAUUGAUGAAAACUUGAAAUUCAAAGGUGAUGAAAAGUGUCUUGCUCCAGUCCAAGUUAUGUUUUGCUUGAAAGAAAAAAACCAGAAGAAGAUCAAUUCACAUAGAUGGUUGUUUAACGCAUUUUGUCCUGUUUUGGACCCCAAUGUGGUCAUUUUGUUAGAUGUUGGAACAAAACCUGAUAGUCAUGCUGUUUAUAAUUUAUGGAAAGCAUUCGAUAGGGAUUCAAAUGUUGCUGGUGCAGCGGGUGAGAUUAAGGCCAUAAAAGGAAAGGGGUGGAUUAAUUUGACUAAUCCAUUGGUUGCAUCGCAAAAUUUCGAAUAUAAGAUGUCAAAUAUCUUAGAUAAGCCAUUAGAAUCUUUAUUUGGAUAUAUUUCAGUUUUGCCAGGAGCGUUGUCGGCCUAUCGUUAUAUUGCGUUGAAAAACCAUGAAGAUGGUACAGGUCCAUUGGCAUCUUAUUUCAAAGGUGAUGAUUUGUUAAACGAACAAAACGACGGUAAAAAUAACAGCAAAACAAAUUUCUUCGAAGCAAAUAUGUACUUAGCAGAAGAUCGUAUUUUGUGUUGGGAAUUGGUCUCCAAAAGAAAUGAUAAUUGGGUAUUGAAGUUUGUUAAGCUGGCGACUGGAGAAACUGACGUACCUGAAUCAAUUUCUGAAUUUUUAUCACAAAGAAGACGUUGGAUCAAUGGUGCAUUUUUCGCAGCCUUAUAUUCUUUACGUCAUUUCAAUAGUAUUUGGCUUACCGAUCAUUCAUUCUCCAGAAAGUUCUUUUUGCAUAUCGAAUUCAUUUACCAAUUUGUCUCCCUUUUGUUUUCGUUCUUCUCGUUGAGUAACUUUUAUUUGACUUUUUACUUUUUAACAGGUUCCUUAGUCGAUAAUAAGAACAUCGGAAAUAAUGGAGGUUUCUGGAUCUUCACCCUAUUCAAUUAUUUAUGUAUAUGUUGCUUAACUUCGUUAUUCAUUGUUUCGAUUGGUAAUAGACCCCAAGCCUCCAGAAAAAUCUUCAAGACAUUGGUUAUAUUAUUAACUGUGUGUGCAUUAUAUGCGUUGAUAGUAGGAUUUUAUUUUGUUUUCAGUACCAUCGAAAGCUAUGGAAUGGGGGAUUCAUCUACUUAUGUUUUCGUAAGUAUUGUUGUGUCAUUGUUGUCGACUUAUGGUUUAUACACUUUAAUGUCUAUCUUAUAUUUGGAUCCAUGGCAUAUGUUAACAUGUUCAUUACAAUACUUUUUGAUGAUUCCUUCUUAUACUUGUACUUUACAGAUCUUUGCAUUCUGUAAUACACACGAUGUUUCAUGGGGUACAAAGGGAGAUAACAACCCACAAGAAGAUAAAGAUAAUCAAUACAUUAUUCAGAAGAAUGAAAAGGGAGAAUUUGAAGCCGUAGUUGUGGAUGUUAAUAUUGAAGAAGUAUACCUCGAAACUUUGUACAAUAUCAGAGCCAGAAGAUCUAAUAAGAAAGUCUUAACUGCCCGUCCACCACCCCCACAAUUGGAGGGUGAAGAUUAUGCCAAGGAUGUUCGUUCGAGAGUUGUCUUGAUUUGGUUACUUGUUAACUUAAUUUUCAUCAUGACAAUGUUACAAGUGUACGAGCCUGGUGCAACAGACAAAAAUAUCUAUUUAGCAUUCAUUUUGUGGACAGUCGCCAUAUUGGCAUUAUUUAGAGCUGUGGGUUCAUUUGGUUACCUUAUUCAGCAAUCAGCGAGAUUCAUGGUCGAAACCAAGAGCAAGUGGAGCCAUAAGAGAGAAGGUUAUGCGGCACCAAAUACAAAUCCUUUGAAUUAA